UGACGCUAUUCAACAUACAAGCUGCUUGCUGGUUUGAUAGAAUAGUUUGUACUACGUGACUGGAGUUCAAGUAAUCAGUUAGUUGCCAACCUAUCGACAGCACGUGGAAGAAGAGAAAAAGCUCCCCAACGCGCACAGUACUGAGCUAGCAACCACCCAUCCAGUGCGGUCUGGUGGUCAGGGCAACACUGCGAAGAAGACUGUCGGUCGGCCGCCUGUCCGACGCGGCGCAAGUGAAAUCUUGACUGGUCCGGCAGAUAAUGAUUGUCAGCCCCUUUGGGCAACAACAAGCAUGGCAAGCGUUUCAAGGUACCACAACUCAGCGCUGAUGUACCGGCUGAACAAGUUGUUCGUGGCAAAGAUGGUAUGGAAGAAGGUGCAGCGAACAUUGGAUGCACAGACUACGUACGAGGCAGCAACGUACUAUGCUCAGUGGUCACGUGGCAAGCGCUAUGUGCCAAGGCCGGCACGAUGCUCCAGUAUCGCUGCUACUGAUCUUGCUAAUGAAAUCUUCUUGGAGCAGCUCAUCCAGCACCUGACUGCGUACAGCACUGAGGUGUGCAGGUGGAGGCUUGGCCUGCCCAGUAUCGUUACCAGCGGCACAGAUGGAUUGAGCAGCAGCAGGGCUAUGCCGUCUGUGCUGCGCCGAGGCGACUACGCUGGCCCUGUGUUCCACGAUGAAGCAGUGGCCGAACGGCAAAGCGAACUCUCAACGGAUGCUAUGGUGGAGACCCAGUGUCAAUCGCCAAGAACGUUUACACUGGAAAGACGAGAGUCUCCGCACACACCACCGGACAUGGAUAAAGGUGUGUUAUUAAAAGGGACAGCCGUGCCUGGACAGCUGGUGGCUAUCUACCCAGGACUGAUGUAUCCACCGCUUGAUGAAGGAGAAACUCUGAAAACCGAGAAUAAGGAUGUGUGGCUGAGACUGGGCGCUGGAGGUGGAAAUGUGAUCGACGCCAAGGACUAUAGCAGCCUGCAGCUGAUUGGCAUACCACACCAUCCGCUGGCAUUCGGCCAUCUAAUCAACCAUCCUCCCGAAGGUAUGCAUCCCAAUGUUCUCAAGUUCACGCUGGUGAUUGACAGAAACUUCCCAAGACACCUGCUACCUCUCAUACCGAUUCGGUGGUCAUCAAGGCCGACCUGGCUGUUGUCGGUAGCCACGCCAUCAUCGCAGGCAAUCAUGUUUGCAGUUAUCUAUGUUGCAGCUCGUCAUGUCCGCAAUGAAGAGCUGUUUGCAGAGGUGCGGAUGCGUCCAGGAAGUUACCCAGACUGGUACACACCAUAUCGAGAAGAGAACAACUGCCUCACAUUUGGCAUGGCACCACCGUGGAGUGACCAACGGGAUGUGACAGUGGUGCAAGACAGCCCUACAAAUGUGGACACUCCUCGCGGGUGACAAGCGAGGUAUGAGGACUUUUAAUAUUGGUCACUGACUCAUCGGAUACAUGUAAUCCACUGAAACUGCGGCCCUCAUCAUCAUCAUUGUUAUCAUCAACAACCUUGGCCCGGAUUGGCACAGCCAACAUUCACUUUACACGGACCACAUCAGUUCCCCUCCACAAUGGACGGCCCAGCCGGCGGAAGCCUGACUCAGAAAAAGCCAUCAUGCACACUGUACUAAAUAUGAACAUGACCACUGUCACGGGGACACGUUACGCCUGUCACAAUCAGGACUGAACUGGCGUUUACAACUUGUCAGCUUGGCUGCACUGCGGCGCAGCACCUAACAAUAUCUUCUGAACAAUGAAAAUCAUGGACAGCAAUGCAGACCACUGUCACAGUGAUGUUCUUGCUGAAUCCCACUGGCACCGCACUACACGAGGCAGUUAGUAGUUGCUGCUAGCAACAGUGUUCUUUUCUCUUGAUACCCUUGCUAUUGGGUCCGCCGACGGCGAAAAUUCACAUCACCUGGUGUAGUGUUCCCAUUGUACUUUUCCAGUCCGUUUUUAGCGACCAGUGGAGUAAUAAAAUAGCACUCGGCCUGGCAGAAGCCCACUCAGCUUCUGCGAGUCGUCAUCAUGGUCAUGGCAGAUAUUCAGACUGCGCGCAUGUUGGCCUUUGCUGCGCGUAGUAAAUCGUACUUGGAACAAGUGAUGUGAGUUUUCGUCGUUGGCGAUCCCACAUGCAGAGUUGCACAAUCUUGGGAGCUUUUUUACUCUUGUUGCUACUGAUCUACAUGCGAUGAUGUGCACUUAUUCAAGUCUUCUAUCUACUAAACUUUGAAAUUCAGUGUGCUUCCCAGAAGCUGUAUCACCGGCUCAGUGCAGGAACACUGACUUGUUUCGCUGGUGGCCGAGUAGCCACUCCAACUUCCCUCUCGAACGAAAUCAUUGCGGCAUACUCUUUAGUUUGA